AUGAAAUUGUUGACUGACAAAUCGCCGCGACAGCAGAGAGCCUUAAGCGAGAGCUCGAUGUCUGAUACAGAAGAAGUUGUGGCCAAUCGUUCGCGCAUCUUUUCGGAGUCUGAUAGUCCUGCACCCUCGAAAAGAGAAGCUCUAGAAAAGAGCAAUCGUUCGCGUACGACCUCAAGCUCUGAAGAGGAAGAAGUAGCUGAGUGUAAUCGCUCAAGCAGUAGCUGGAAUUCCGAAAAAGGAACAGUUCAGACCAACCGCUCGCGCAGCAGUUCUGGAUCUGCGAGUUCCCCUUUCGAAAAAGCUGAUGCGGAUAAUCGAUCGACAAGCUGUUCGCGUCCCAAUACUCCGAGUUCUGGCGAAACCAACAACAACAUCGAAGAGAAAAGCAAUAGCUUGGGGACUGAAGAAGAAGAGCCUGUUGACAGCAUCAAAAAAAGUUCAAAGCAUGUGAUCGCAAAUGAAGCCUUGGAUAACGAGGGAUUGAAUUCACGUUCAAUUUCACUUGAGCAGGAAAGUGAAGCCCAACUUCCAGAUGGAAAAUAUAAAAAAAACACCAAAAGUGGCGGUACUAAAUGUGAUCCGAAAAGCGGUGGUAAAUUUGGAAUAGACUACUCAUUUUACCGUUUUUAUCCUGGAAGUCCGAAGCAUUAUGACUCAGACAACGAAGAGGAUGACGAUGCCGAUGUUUCUGACACAAAUUACUUGGCCAAGUUUUAUGAUUCCCAAAAUGUUACUGCGAUUUUGGGUGACGAUGAGUAUGCGAACAUUGCCGCUGAGUUCAAAACUGAAUUGCCAGCUGUAGUCACCGGUUUUAGUCGUAGCCGUCAAAGAUAUAUCAAAAUGCUUAACUUUAUGCCAAUGGAGGCGGAAGUCUAUAAUGAAAAUACAUACAAUUACACAAUGACGCACGACGAAUACAAGGACGAGUCAUCGCGUCAAAAUUUUAUACGCAAACUAAAAAAUACAGUACGUUGGCGUGAGAUUAGAAAUUCGGAAACUGGCGAAAUCCGGAAGGAGUCCAAUGCACGUUUCGUACGCUGGUCCGAUGGCAGCGAAACAUUUCACAUCGGCUCGGAGGCGUUCGAUGCGGUGGAGCAGCCUCUGCCUCCACAACAUCAUCAGUACUAUGUGCGUCAGGGCAAUUAUUAUAUAGCCCAGUCGGCGGUCACCGAAAAAAUGUCGAUUCGUCCUAAACUGGACUCUAAACUCAUAGGCAGUCAAAUGAAAUCGCUGCGCAAUGGGUCAUUUUAUAAGCCCCCAUCUGGCGCUGUUAAAUUGCUCACAGAUUUCGGCACCAAUCCGAAUAUCGAUCGUGAGCGCAAGAUUCGAGAGGAGAUGGUGAAAUUGCGAAGGGAGGAGCGCGAAAAGAAACGCCUACAACAGAAACCCACCAGCAAUCCGAAGGUGAAGCCAGCCUGGCAUCGUACAGCGGAUGAUUACGAUUCCGACAACUUGCUAAUAAAUGAUCGUGAGGAUGCUGAGAACGAUAAUGCUAUUUCAUUGAAUGCCAUUAAACGCAACACUGGAAUACGCACUAAUCGCAAUGUGGAAGUGGACGUAGAUGCGGAUGCCCCAGACUACGAUAGUGAUAUCAAUGAUAUUAUUAAUGAUGCGGAAAUGGAUUAUAUGACCGACAACGAAGAUGAUUUGGAGCCCACCACGGAUGAAGAAGUAGCAGAAAAUAAAGCAUAUAACGCUGUUGCCAAUAAAUCAAAAAAAGUACUAGAUGUGGAAACUAAUACAAAAGUCUGCCCUGAAUAUGAGCCGAUAUCUGAUGAAGAAUUGCUGUGUGAAGAAACUGAAGCCAGUCUUGAAGAUUCAGGUUCCGAUGUAGAAAUGCCGUGUAAGAAGAAGCGGAUGACAAAGCCGAAUCGUAUCAUUUUCGCCGAUUCAGAUUAA